CUCGAAUCCAGUGAGUACGUUUUCUCAGCUUUCCCGUGUCACGGUGUCGCGAGCACGUCUGUCGUUGACGCUCGCGGUGUCGGUUGGUUUUAUCUAAUCUGUGGAUGAAAAUUAAAUUCCGUGAGUGUUAGUACCGGUCACAAGUGUUCGGUUGAGCGUGCGUGAAAUCGGAAGAGUCGGCAGGGUCCGAGAAACAGAGAAGAGGACGAAUGACGAGGCCAAGCAACGGGUAAGAGACGAGCACGGGAGCAGACAGAGAAAGAGAAAACAGUGGGGAGCAGGAGACACGGAACGAAAAGAGAGACAGAGAGAGAUAGAGAACGAAACGAAAUAGCAAAAGAAAGAAGCUAGAAGUGUGUCGGGCCAGUGUAUCGAGGAAAGAGCUGGGAAAUCUUGCUUUUCCUCUUCGUACGGUUGGAUCGAAGGGGCAGAGGGUGUGCGGGUGGGUGGGGUGCCAAAAAGAGAGAAACAGAGCUCGAAAAAGGAAGAAGUAAUCCAGCCACGAAGGGUGUACGAGUUGUGCGUCUCGGGGAGGGAAGAGUAUUGUGUCGACAAACGAGAGUGUGAGAAAGAGACAGUGCGGUGCCGUGUAAACAUACAUCCUAUUGCCGUGAGUGCGUGCGCGAGUGGCAAUCAGCGACGACUUAACAUCAUCGUCGUCGUCGUCGUCAUUGUCGUUGAACGCCGUCGUUGUCGUAAUCGUCGAGAUAGUGCAAAACUGCGUGGUCGGCGUCUCCUUCUAACAACUAAAGGAGACGUUAACAAUUUGUCGAGACAAACGUACGAAAAAUCGACCAACUAACGUGUUUAUCAAUCGUCAGGGUGUAUGACACGCGUAUGAAACUUCAUCACAAAUGACAGUCCAUCGAGUGAGAAGGGAAGUCGAGUGCUGGCUGGAUUCGUCUGUCUAGCGGGCAAAGCGCGACACGAGAUGCAUCGGAGGGUGGGGUACAGCAACUACGAUGGCAAGAUUGCCGGCCUCUACGACCUGGAGGAGACGCUUGGCCGUGGUCAUUUCGCCGUAGUAAAGCUCGCCAGGCAUGUUUUCACCGGUGAGAAGGUCGCAGUGAAGGUCAUCGACAAGAGCAAACUCGAUGAGGUUUCGAGAGCACACCUUUUUCAAGAGGUGAGAUGCAUGAAGCUGGUGCAACAUCCGAACGUGGUCAGACUUUACGAGGUGAUAGAUACGCAAACGAAGCUCUAUCUGAUCCUCGAGCUUGGCGAUGGCGGCGACCUCUACGAUUACAUCAUGCGCCAUGACAGCGGCCUCAGCGAGGAGGUGGCCAGAACGUACUUCCGGCAAAUAGUCAGAGCCAUAUCGUAUUGCCAUCGAUUGCAUGUGGUGCACAGGGACCUGAAACCCGAGAACGUGGUGUUCUUCGAGAAACUCGGUACCGUGAAGCUCACCGAUUUCGGAUUUAGCAAUAGAUUCUGCCCUGGCCAGAAGCUUGAGACUUCCUGCGGUUCCCUUGCGUAUUCGGCGCCGGAAAUCCUACUUGGCGAUAGUUACGACGCUCCUGCCGUUGAUGUUUGGUCACUAGGCGUAAUUUUGUACAUGCUAGUGUGCGGUCAAGCGCCUUUCCAAGAGGCGAACGACAGCGAGACCUUGACUAUGAUCAUGGACUGCAAGUACUCGAUACCGCCACACGUAUCCGACGGCUGCAAGCGUUUGAUCGCGAGGAUGCUCGUUAGGGAGCCAGAGGGCAGAGCGACGCUCGAGGAAAUAGCGGCUGAUCCUUGGCUGGCCAUUGGACCCGACUUAGAUUCGGUGGAAGCGCUGCCUUUGGUCUCGAGGCAACAGGUGUCUGAUGAUCAUCAUAAUCAUAUAAUAACUAAGAUGGUCAACGGGAACAUUGCCACCAAAGAAGAAAUAUUGGAAGCUCUGGACAAGAACGAGUACAAUCACAUAACAGCAACGUAUUUCUUGCUAGCGGAAAGAAAAUUACGAGCUCAUCGUCAGGAACAGGUGCAGAAGAUGCGUCCGGAAAUCCUCGAAGUAUCGCCUAGCCGGCAAGAUGACGUGGCCACUAAUAUGCGUACCGACCAAAAUUCAUUGAGCACAGUUAACCAAUCGUUGUUGAGUGUGCCACGGACACCGGGUGACGUGCCUCAGAAUAUUCGAACGCGGAAGUGCAGCAUCGUCCAGGAGGAAGAAGACGAGGACGAUGUGUCCUCGUGCUCGGGUCGCGACGAACGCGGCAGUAAUUCGACGUUGAACUCGUUCAAUCGCCGUGGUUCCCGAUCUGAGGGUAAAUUGUCGCACAUCCUGCAAGAGAGGCUAGCUCAACUUCCGGAAAAACCGAAUCACAAGCCUAUAUCGUCCCAGCGGAACUCGCAAAAGGACAUUAACGUGAUUCCUGUAAUCACAGACGGAGAGGAGCGACUGAUGUCUAGUCCAAAGAGCGGAAACAGUGAUUCCUCGUCGCCUGUCCAACAGAAAUCGGGGGUCAGACCUCAAGCGGGCAAUCAGCUCGCGGACAAAGUACCUGCAACAACGAAAUUCGACUCCACGAAUCAAGAGAAUCUGAAAAAUCGUUUCGAUGAUUCGUUGCCCGGCUGGUCGAGAAGAGGAUCUUCGGAAAACAGGCCGAAAUCGGUAUCAGACUGUUUAAAAUCGAUGGGACCUGUCCCAGCGAACAAAUGGAGGAUGGGAUCCCAACACCGAUCAUCUGCCUCGUCGCUGGAUUCUUCGUUGACGAUGAGUCCGUCGAAACCGUCCGAAAUUAGCACGACGACUACCACGACCACUAUCCUGACAGAAUCGUCCACAGUGUCGAUUCCUCUAAGACCAUUGACCGGGCUCAACGAUAAUCUAUCGUUGACGCCUAAAUACAAGACCAUGCCAUCACCAGGAAGUACUGGUUCCACGUCUACGCCAUUGAAUGAAAUUCUAGAAGACGGGGAUGCGUUGCCUCUAUCCGGCAGCGAGAGCGGUGGUUCCAAGUGUCGGGUAGUCAGAAGAACGGGAUACGAACAGAGAAAGAGCAAGUUUCACAAGACGCGUACAACCUCCUGCUCGAGUUCUGACGCUAGUGACGAUGACAGUGAGAGUAGGAAGAAAAGGGCACACAAAUUGAGCACCUCCGCGAGCAAAUCGAUGUCUUCUCGACGUGACAGUCACGACGAUUCCAGCGAUUCGCAAGAUCCUGGAGGGAGCGGCGGUGGGGGUGGUGGGGGUGGUGGAGGUGAAGGAGGCGUAGGAAACGGGGAGCGUACAACGGAAACACCACCGAGUGAAACGAAUCGCAAAGACAAUGGAAACAACACCACUACCACAACGACUACAACGAGUGGAGGAAGGCAUCGGUGCUCGGAAAAUCAGGUUAUAUUCGGCAGAAGACAUCGUGCAGGUAGGAGAAGAGCCGGUGAAACGCGAUUACGCGAGAGCCAGUCUUUAAACCGCAUCACAGAAGUCCAAGAAGCGGAAGGGCCUUCGGCGUGUCAUAAUCAUCACGUGUCUCGCAACUCCGCUGUUCUAGGAGUUCAAAGCAUGUCCUCGUCGUCGUCGUCGGUAUCGCAGAGCAGUACAGGCUCUCACGGAGUUCCUCAGCCCUUAUCUCAAGCAGCAACGACUGUUCAAAAGGCCAAAGGUUUCGGAGCAAGGCUUCUGCAAAGUUGGUCCCUCAGCGCCGGAAAGUCCUCGUUAUCUCAACCGUCGAAUAAACACGCGAAUUGUAGCCCCAACGGCAGAUGUACCAAACAAGAAACGCAACGGGAUGCUUGUCAGAGGAUCGAGAUGUGCGACGAAAGGGAAUUGAAUGGUGGCUCGGUUAAUCAAAUACCGUCCAACGACAAAGAAAAUAGAAACGGGUCGAUGAAUAGGAACGAUUGCAAGAACAGGAAAAUCCGGUUGCUUAGUCGAUAUUUCGCUGUGCAUAAGAAACUUUGUGUUCCAUUGCCAGGAUUGUUCGGUAAAGGGAGGUUGUACAAGGCUCGAUCUUGCGGUAGCAUUGCUCGAGACCGUGUCAGUCCACCGUCGCCGAAAUCCAUGUUGUUUUGCGCCACAGCCGACGACAAGUGGCGGGAUCGUCGGCAGUGGUGCGACGCGAAGCAUCAGCAUCGUGGCAGCGAUGGGGACAUCAAUCAGAACUUGGGUCUGUCGCAUCUGGUUCAAGAGAGCGUGGUAGGUAAAGGUUGCAGCGCGUUGCCCGCGGUUUGCCACAUCCAUCUGGGCGAUGCAUCCAAAUGUUGUAGUCUCUGUUGAUGAAUCUGCACGGCGAGUAGAUUGAUGCACAAACGACGACGGAGAAAGACACCGUGGGUCGCCUAAUUUUGACCUGAAGUCGCUGGAAUCAUGGUCCAAGCGACCGAGUAGACGAGAAUCGUCACUGUUCCGUGACGAGUAAUGAUUGCUUGCGAUCAGGAAAUGGAGAGGAGGCGCGAAGAAGAAGACGCAAGGGAACGUAAGGAGACGUAAAGAGAUACGAUUAUUACGAAGUGCAAUCAAUUUCAUGAUGGUCGUUUUGCGUGCAGAGAGGGAGAAAGAAGAAGGUAGAGGGAAAAGGAGAGUGGAAGAUGAUGGAAAGGAAGAUACGCAAGAAGACGUGGUGUGACACGAUUAAACGCAAGAUAAGGAGAAUCUUCUAUACGCGAUGCGUCGUGUUGAUCGUGUAGUUAACAACCGCGGUCUCUCAGCCGAUUACGCAGCACGCGUCACAAUGGUCAAUGUAUUCAAUCGAUCGUGUCAUGUCCCCUCCAAUAGACCGAUGCUGUGCCAGCAGUAUCCCGAUCCUGUCCUUUUCAAACGCGACGCGUAAUCGAAAGAGACUAGAAUAGUAAGGGUCAUGUUGGAGAGGGAGAGAGCGUUAUCGAUCGAUCUUUCGCUCUGCGGGAAGUGUAUCUAGUCCGUGUGAACAAACCUAUAUUAAAAAUUACAGAGUUUAUUAUUAUUAAUAUUAUUAUUAUUGAUAUUUUAUUAUUAUUAUUAUUAUUAUUAUGAUUAUUAUUAUUAUUAUUAUGAUUAUUAUUAUUAUGAUUAUUAUUAUUGACUAUAAUUAUUAAUAUUGUCAUUCUCUUAGUUAUUGUAAUGCAGAUAUCGACCGAAUUGCACGCAGAAUCGCGAGGAAAAAAAAUCAUCCGACGUCCAUGGACAUUGGAAUCUCGCAACCUCGAAGGUUCUUCCUCUUUGUUCCGCUUUAUUUAUCUGUCUGUCCCCCCCUCCUCCCCCCAUUUAUCCUUCUCUUUACUCCUGUUCCUUCCAUAGAUUGCGAUCCUUCUACUUUUUCCUACGUGUAACGUAGAAUAUAUUCGUGGCUGUUGCACAGUAGCCUGCUCCAGUGAGUGAGCAAAACUCGUGUUUUCUUUAUGAGGGAGACUAUACUUCUGUAUGUAACACGCUAAUCGAUUAGGCUUAUGCGUAUAGCGUAUCGAUCGAGGAACGUCUUUUCUGGUGCUAUACGCGAAGAUCUGACGCGACGAAGAAGAAAAAACAACAAAGGAAAAUGGAAGAUAUUGAAUUUUUUUAAACUAUCUUUUUUUAUAUUAUUAUUAUUAUCAUUAUUAUUAUUAUUAUUAUUAUUACUAUUAUUAUUAUUAUUAUUAUUACUAUUAUUAUUAUUAUUAUUAUUAUUACGUCCUAGGGGAUAAAUACGAUGAUACGAUACGAAUGGAAAUGAUGGAAGAUGUGCAUAGGAAAGGAAGCAUUGAAACUCUUCAAAAGAAAGUUUGAAUGUGAAAAGUUCUAAACUUUCAGUUUUAUAGAGUGCUUGAGUAACAGAAAGAGAAACAAAGUGACCUGAAUAAGAGUAAAGUUGCUGUUACAACUUUUAAAAUAAGGUACAAGGUUUAAGGAAAUAUAUAACUUUGCUACCACAAGGGCAUAAAAAUCAAAAAGUUUUGCCCAUCGAUAACUGUUAGUUAAAUCAAUGAACAAGAGACUGCUAUACUUGACUGUUUUUUUUUUUUUUUGAACUGUAAAUCAUAGUUAUAAAUCAAAAGAAAAACUGUUCUUCAAGAAGAUUCAACAUUCUGAUACCAAAGCGACAAUAUAAAGAUCUGGAAAUUCUUUGAAUUGAAAAAAGAAAUGAAAUCUCCUAGGACAAAUUUUCGUAAUUGAAAGAUCUGUAUAUGCACGAUUUCUUCUCGUCGUCAAGUUCAAGAGACGAUCCUCUUCAUUCAUCGAAGCUAUUGGCAGCAAGUGUCAGCGCGCUUGCCGGCUGAGCGCGUGCUUCAUUCUUCAUCCUCUUCGUUUUGAACGUCAUCGUCAUCGUUGCCGAAUGCACGCGUUCAUUUUGUUGGAGAACGCAGGAUGACUGUCGCUUCAUGAGAAAUAUUUGCUGAAACAAAUGUAACUGUAGAGUAGAAUGUGUAACUGGGAAUUUAUCCAUGACAAAAUACGCUCCUUUUCUGCGUCGAUCAAUAAAGCUGCUGAAGAUUAGGUCAGAUAGAACUUUGUGAAACUUCACGGAACUCUGUAAAUUGUUUGCUUCGAAUAUAGAACGCGGGCCAUUCGGCAGAAUUCUCGUUGAACUUAAGCGAUGUACGUGCACACGCUUUUUCACCUUUUAUAUAUAUAUACAUAUAUGUCGUUAUGAUGAGGUGGUGCAUCGAUUGAAGAUCGAAAUUGUGUAUUUGUUUUAAUAGCAUAAUAGAAAAAAAUUAAGUAUUUAACCCCUUGUCUUUGAACAUUAAAUAAUGCGUAGUAAUAAUUGAUAAAUUUAAGAUAAAUUUAAUAAAAUUUAUAUUGAAUUUUUUAUUUUUAAUAUUUCAUCAUAAAUCAAUUAUUUAAGUUACACAUUAUGAAUAAUAUUUUUAUAUUAUUCUCAUGUUAACAUUUACUAAGUAAUUACUAAAGCAAGGGGUUGUAAAAAAAUAAAAUAUGUUGAUUAUUUCGUAAAUUUGUAUUUCUAGGACUUAUUACAUAAGCGAUACAUUUUUAGAAAAGAUAUAUUCCUUUCAUAUUGGAGUUUAAGGAUUCAUUGGUACUGCUAAUAUAAUAAUUGAAGGAUUUAUAACAAAUACAAUUCUUGUCAAAUUUUAAUUAUGAUUUGAUUUAAUAUAAAUAAUUUAAUAUUUUAUUGUUAUUUAUAAUUUGAUUUUCUAAUAAAAAAAAUUCAAAUCUAUUGAAUGAAAAUGAAAAAUAUCUUUUUAUUAUUGAAAAAAAUAAAAAUUGACAAGCGUCGUUUUUCUGUAAAUCCUUCAAUUCUUCUUAACUGAUUGAUGUUUUCUAAGAAAGAGUUACUAAGUAGUAAUGCUGGAUAACUAUUUGCUCUAGUUGUGAAUCACUGUCAGUAUUUCUUACCGCAAUAUAGUGCGUUUGUGACACUCUAAACAUAUCUAUAACAAUUUUUCAAUAUCUAGAUAGAAUCGUAGAAAUCGUUUGUGCCAUUUAGUCUCUUUUUCUAAAUUCGCUGUAUAUGAUAUAUAACUAUUGUUCGUUGACAUAACACAAUCUAAUUCUAGAUAUUCGUAUAAAUUUAGAAUUGAAAUUUAAUAUCACAACAGGGACCACAUCAUCGCAGUCCAAAAUUCGUCUCAUUGCUUUCAUAGAUUAGAAGAUAGAACGAAAAAUUAGGAUAGAAAUGAUAUAGUUAUUUUAUACGUAUAAUGUUCCUUUCUUCUUAAUGAUCUUACUAUACAUUUUACCUUUUUACAAUUUUCGAAAAUAUUCGAAAGUAAGGAUAUCCAUAUUAGUUAGUAUUGAUGAAAAUCCGAGCAUGAAAAUCUUUUCUAAAAGAGAAUUGCUUAUAUUCAGAGUCCUCGAAUGUUAAUUAUUAUUUAGUUCUAUAUUCACGAAAAUCUAAAUUUUUAUAUAUUUAGUGGAUAUUAUAUUUUUAUUAUUUAUCAUGUUAUAACAGAAUUUUAAAAUGCCCCUUUCUAUUAUUCUCUAUCUUUUUUCUAUUUUUUUCUCCUAUUCUACAUUUGCAUUCAUUAGUAUCAUAUAUAUAAUUAAUUUUAGAUUAAUGAUUGAUUAAUAAUGUUUUAUGUUUGAAUAAAUAAUAAUUUCAAGCAUGAGACAUUAUUAAUUAAUAAAUAAAUUAGUAUGUAUUAUAAAUUUUUUCAUAUAACUUUUUAGUAACUUUUAUUUUGUUUAUAUUAUACACAUAUCAUUAUACUGAAUGUGUUAAUCCAAUAUUAGAAACCAACUCUCAAUAAUAUUUCUCAAUAAUAUUUAGAUUUGCGUAUUUUCAAAACAAAGCCGACAAUCCGAUCUUCGAUUUUCGAAUAGCACCUCAUUAAUAAUUCGACGUCCCUCCCAAGUAGGCCAAGAGCGUUUGUAUGUACCUAAACUGUACAUCAGGUGUACGAAUCUAUGCGUAAAACUGUAUGUACCGAGCCAGAUAUUUUUUAGUAAUACAAUUUAUUUAUUGUACGUCAUGUGAAGAAAGAAAGAGAGAAUGAACGAGCGAGAGAAAGAAAGAAAAAAGGACGAUCUUUUCCAAUCGUCACUGCCGACGAUCGUCAAUCCCCUCCCCCUUUUUCGCUUUUUUCUCAUUAAUAUAACUUCUCUCACCCUCGUGCCGUCACUUCGAAAACGAGAUCGUUUGCUUCCUCCACAAAGACUGAGCAAAUCGUACAAUAAAUUUCCAUAAUCGCUUGGAUGCCUUGUGUCGUACGAUGACGAUGACUCGACGAGACCAAAAAAAAAAGAAGGAAAGAAAGAAAAAGAAACGAACGAAUCACAUGUCGAAUAUGAUGUCACGAAUAAAAUCACUCUUCUUCAAUCACAUUUUAUUCGAAUCGUGAUAGUGCUAUCGAAUGUGCACCUUAUCCUAUAGGUGAAUUGUUAAAGAAAAAAAAAAAAAAAAAAAAAAAAAAGAAUAGUAAUAUUAAAAAAUAAUAAUAAUAAUUUACAUUCAACGAAUUUGUUCAUCGUUUCGAGUCCCAACGAAUCGCGACCAAGGUGUAAAACGGGCAUUAAAACUAUUUCCAUUCAAUGGAGAUUUAAGAAAAGAAGGUGAAGGGAAGAAUAAAGAGAAAAAGAGAGUGUGAGAGAAUUAAAAGAAAAAGAGAGCAGGAAAACCAUGACGCGUGAAUUUUGCUAUUUAGCUGUAGAGCUAUCCGGAACCAGAGUGACGUGCUUUGUUACCGGGCAUUAUGGAUCACGGUGGUGAAUUCAAGCUUGACCAAUUACAUAUACUUACACACAGACACAUACAUACACAAAUAUACUUUCCCUUUGAAACAAUCGUAGAAUUGUACGCCGUGUGUCCGUUCAGUUCGAUCACUUUCUACGCGAAUAAUUAUUAAAUUAGAGAUACCUUUACAAAUCCGCGAGAAAAUAGAAAAAAAAAAAAAGAAAGAAAAUAAAGAAAUUAAAAAAAAAAAAAAAUCGUUGAAUGUAUGCCUGCAGCUGCAAGUAACUUAGCGAUUCUUGCAUCGAGUUAUCCGCUCGAAAAAAAUUUCCUGCGCGACGCCAUGUUAAAGCGGAUGCUAUUUAUGAUAAAUAAGAGAUAUUUUCGUGUUAUAAAAAUGAAUCCAUUAGCGGCAGAUGCGCCCAUUCCGUUGCGUUGUAAAAAAGGUGAAAGAAAAGAGAAAGAAAGAGAGCACGAUAAUAAAUGAUAACGAGGAUUCGGUCGAAAGGGUUGCCAAGAAGGAGAUGCCGCUUCGUAUAAAUUGACGAAGCGUCGUUUCACAUUAAUUCUCGUUCGCUAGUCCCGUCAAAGUUGUCCCUGGACAACGAUACGCAUAGAGUACAAUGUCCCCGUGGUGAUUUUUGUAUAAGUGAACAUAAAGUAUCCCCUCCUUUUUUCCACCGAUGCUGUACACAUCCAUCAAUUGCCCGUGUCUCGAUUUUAAGCGAGGAUAAAAAUGCGAAGAAGAAGAAAAAAAAAGAAAGAAAGAAAGAAAAGAAAAAAAAAGUGAAAAAUAAAAGAGAGUAUAUACAUAUUAUUAAGAAAAGUGUCCGCUUUAGAUUUCGUAAAUGUCAAACUUACUGCCAGCUGAGUGUAACAAAGAAAUAAAAAAAAAAAGUAUAAAGAUCUAUUUGCGUGAGCCGGUAAUAAAGACGACGUGUGUCGUCGUUGUUGCAAUGUGCCGGAAACGCAUAAUCAUUCAUGCAAUAAACUGUGUGCCCGAAACAAAUAAAUGAAAAAAAAAAAAAUAAUAAUGAACCACGAGGAGCGAGUCUCUGCUGAUGUUGUGUCUAAGUUUCUUCCACGUUGAUUUUCCUUUCCCUGAGAAUUUCUUUUUAUACUUUCCAAAUAGCAGCAGGAGAUGGUUAACUGUUAUCAUAGAGAGAAUAAAAAUUGCGGUUGCUCAAGGCCACUGAACCACCGUUUUUUUACUCGUUCAGAUGUCUUCUGUGAUAUUUAUGCUGUUUAAAAAAAAACAUGUGGUAGAAGCUUGGCACCUUUCCUGGUAAUUAUUUUUUUCUUUUCUUUUUUUUUUUUUAUAUAUAUAGAUUGUGGAAGCAAGGAUCGUAUUUAGAAUAAUGUACGGGAGGAAUGGCCUUGAGUAGCCGACAUUUUUAGCUUGGAAAGCCUCGUUUAGA